GAAAAUACAAUUCUCCUCCUUUUGUUUACUCUCCUCAGCCAGCACCGCAAACACAGACAAACGUGAAAAAAUGCCUCCAACCCUUUCCGGUAUCCUGGAAGCAACCCUCAUUAUCACUGACCAAUUCCAUUCAACACUCUCAAUCUCACUACCCCAAUCGGAAUCCCAGCCCAGCAACGUCAACAGCAACAACCCCGCCCCGCUGCCCCUCCCUCUCCUCUCCGCCUCCGCCGCAGCCCUGAAAGCUCAAACAACAAAACUAUCUCUCCUAGCCGUAAAUACCCCUUUCACUCCCUCAGCGCUUAUAACUGUUCUCUCAACCGUAAACGAAUCCAUACUCCCUUCCCUUGUCACAGCUGCCCUUCUCGCGGUACCGACAGAAUACACACAGGCAUUCCACGCUGAGGCGAAAUUGCUAGUUAAAGAUGCGUUGAAGGAGUUUGGAAAUUUGGUUGGGGUUGUCAAGGUGAUUGCGGAUAGCGGUGGGAGUGGUGAUGAGGGGAAGGGAGUGACGGUGACGGAGCAGCAGAAGGGGGAAGUCAUGUCGUGUACUGGGCGGUUGUGGAAGACGUGUGAGCAGUUGGUGUCGUUUGCGGAGGGUGGGGUUGUGGGGUUUGUGGCGGGGAAGGCGAGGCAGUAUCUUGAGCUAGUUAAGGAUGGGAUAAGGGAGCUGGAAGAGUGGGACCCGGAAGAGGAGGAUGAUGAUGACGAAGAUGGUCUCUUUUGGGAUGACGGUGAUGAGCUUGGGGGUAAGGCGAAGGAGAAGAAGGAAAAGGACAAAGCUAGCGACGAAAGUAACGAUGACGAAGAAACCACCAGCUCCAUCGCAAACCUCCAGUCUGAAAAAUCAAAUCUCCUCCGCCUCCUCAACCCAAUCGCCCAGAUAUAUCCAGCCAUAAUAUCCCACCGUCUAAAAUCGAAAACCUCCUCGUCUUCCUCAACAUCCAAUGACCGAAAACAGAACUACCAACCAAACUCCAUCCUCUCCUCAGCUCAAAUCUCCCAAGUCAACCUCCUUCUCCAGCGUUUAAAGGAACUGCCCAACCUCGUCGACGAGGCCGCUGGCUCUCUGUAUGAUCACGACAUCGACAAUGUGACCAUGUAUACCAAGCAACUCUACAAAUGUGCCUUUUCAGCGGCGGAGGUGGCACGGUCGCCGUUCAUUAAGAGUGUCAAUGGCGAAACGGAGAUUGCGGGUGAGGAGGACAAGUUUCCGAAAUGGGCAGACACGUGGAUGAGGGUUAUUGACGGGAUUACGAGGUCGAAGGCGGAGGGGUCAUAGAGAUUAUUGCUGCGGCGGCCGUCGUCCAUGAACGCAUGGAUGCCCCUGUGGGAAGAAGAUUGGGUAAAUGUAGGUGAUAGAUACUUUAUAUUUCGUUGGGGUUAUUGUAUAUGUCUUACCCUUGAAAAUUGGGAUGGAUUUCGCUGCAGAUUAUAUUAUUUAUAUACCCAGGUAGCUAUGUGGUUAAGUUCUACGAGAAAAACACGUGGGCAUGGCGAUUUUGGUCUCAUUAACCAGAGAGUACAUGAAACAAUAUCUGUUCAGUUUAUUUACACAUAAGAAUUCUAUUUAAUCUGAUUAUUUUCAUCUGGUUUGUACCUUUUAUAUACACAGGCAUAUGGAGGACACGGGAUUAUAUAUAUGAGUAAACAGAGAAACGAAAACGAAAAGGAAGAAUGGAGCAAAGUUAGUCGAUUCAGGGGGAAAAUGCCGAUUCAAAGAGAAAGGGACGUGCAGAAAGGAAAAGGCAAAAAAAAAAAAAAAAAAAAAAAAAAUGCAAAACGAAUGAAGAAGGAAAAAAAAAAGCACCCAAAAGAGGAAGAAAUCUAAG